GACGCGAACGGUUGCUAGGGCUGCAGAAGCUACCUGCCUGGAGGUUUUUCUGGGCUAUUUUUUUCUGGGCCCUGAGGUGUUGCUCAGGGCGGGUCUUUCAGCUGCGGCCUGAGACCCCUUCACACUGACUGCCACCAUGAGCAGCGAGUUCCUGGAGGAGCUACCCUGGGAGGAUGGGUUCGCCAUUCCCGUGGCCAACGAUGAGAACAAAGCUCUUGAAGACCAGUUGUCAAAGCUGCAGAGUGAAAAGUCAAACAUGCACGAUCAACUACGUGACUAUGAAGAUCGAAUUAAUGCUAUGACUUCUCACUUCAAAAAUGUGCAACAGGAGUUGUCAUUUACACAGUCUCUUUGCAAAGCCAGAGAAAAUGAGAUUGAAAGUGAAGAACAUUUUAAGAUCAUCGCUGAAAGAGAACUGGGACGAGUGAAGGAAGAAAUUAAACGACUGGAAAAUGAGAUGGCUUCAAUACGGGAAAAGAAAAGUGACAAGGAAAAUAGCAUAUUUAAGAUUGGUCAAAAAGUGGAUGUCUUGAAGUGUCAACUGAACUGGGACCAAGAAGCAUUGGAGGCCUGGUUAGAAGAAUCAGCUCAUAAAGACAGUGAUGCCUUCACUCUUCAGAAGUAUGCAAAACAAGAUGACAAUAAAAUUAGGGCACUGACCCUCCAACUAGAAAGAUUGAUGUUGGAAUGUAGUCGGAGAAGAAAGAUACUGGAUAAUGAACUUACAGAAACUCUAAGUGCACAGCUAGAAUUGGAUAAAGCAGCGCAAGAUUUUCGCAAGAUUCAUAAUGAAAGACAAGAACUUAUUAAACAGUGGGAGAAUACAAUAGAACAGAUGCAGAAGAGAGAUAGAGACAUAGAUAACUGUGCCCUGGAAUUAGCACGGGUAAAACAAGAAACAAGAGAAAAAGAACUUUUGGUGAAAGAAAAGAUCAAGUUUUUGGAAGAUGAAGUUGGGAAUAAUGCAGAAUAUGAAAAAAGAAUUUCUAUUGCUGAGCGUAAUGUUUUAAAAUGUAGAACAGAUUAUCAGCACCAGGAAGCUGGUAAAAAUCAGCUGAAGGAUGAGCUGGAUUCUUUAAAAGCUACUGUGAAUAGAAGUUCCAGUGAUUUAGAAGCUCUGAGAAGAACUGUAAUAAAAAUAAAGAAGGAUAUUCAUGAGGAAAAAGCAAGGUCACAAAAAAUAAAAAGUCACAAUCAGAAUAUAGAAAAAAAAUUAAAAGACAUAACUGAGAGAACUAUGUCUGUAGAAGAGAAAGCUACUAAUCUGGAAGAUAUGGUAAAGGAGGAGGAAAAAAGUGCAAAGGAAGUGGAUGUUCAGUUGAAUAUAGUAAAAAGUGUGCUGUUUAAGAAAAGUCAAGAAUUACAGGCUGAGACAAUGAAGGAGAAAGCAAUUCUAUCAGAAAUCGAAGGAACUCGUUCUUCUCUAAAGCACCUCAACAAUCAGUUACAUAAACUGGAUUUUGAAACCCUGCAACAGCAAGAAAUUAUGUACAGUCAGGAUUUUUACAUUCAACAAGUAGAACGCCGAAUGUCACGGUUAAAGGGAGAAAUUAAUUCAGAAGAAAAACAAACUCUUGAAGCAAGAAUUGGUGAACUUAAAAAGACACUGGAGGAGAAAAAAUCUGCUGUUGAGCUUUUGGAAAUACAGAUCAAAAAGCUUCAUAAUGAUCUUUACUUUAUCAAGAAGUCAAAUAGUAAAAACUGUGAUGAAGUACAGUCUCUCAUGUCCAAAAUAAAUGAACUAAACUUAUUUAGUGACAGAUCAGAGAAAGAACUUAGGAAAGCCAAGGCCAUUAAGCAGGAUUUGAUGAUAGAAGACAACUUUUUAAAACUUGAAGUUAAACGUGCUCGAGAAAUGCUUCAUAGUAAAGCAGAAGAGGUUCUUUCGCUGGAAAAAAGAAAACAGCAAUUAUACACAGCUAUGGAAGAGCGAAUCGAAGAAAUUAAGGUUCAUAAAACAAUGCUUGCUUCGCAAAUAAGAUAUGUCGAUCAAGACCGGCAAAACAUAAGUGCUGAGUUUCAUGAGCGACUAAGUAAAAUUGAUAAGCUGAAGAACAGAUAUGAAAUUCUCACUGUUGUUAUGAUGCCUCCCGAAGGAGAAGAGGAGAAAACACAGGCCUAUUAUGUAAUAAAGGCUGCUCAAGAAAAAGAAGAGCUUCAAAAGGAAGGUGACAGUUUGGAUGCUAAGAUCAACAAAGCUGAAAAAGAAAUCUAUGCUCUAGAAAACACCUUGCAAGUGCUCAACAACUGCAACAACAAUUAUAAACAGUCCUUUAAAAAAGUGACUCCAUCGAGUGAUGAGUACGAGAAUAAAAUUCAACUAGAAGAACAAAAAAGAACUGCGGAUGAAAAGCACAGACACAAACAAAGACAAAUCAGAGAACUCCAGGAAGAUAUCCAGAGCAUGGAAAAUACUUUAGCAGUUAUAGAACAUGUAACCAAUAACGUCAAAAUAAAAUUAUCAGAGAAGCAGGCUUAUUCAUUUCAACUAAGUAGAGAAACUGAUGAACAGAAGCCAAAACUGGAGAGAGUAACUAAACAGUGUGCAAAACUCACUAAGGAAGUUCGUCUUUUGAAAGACACAAAAGAAGAAACACUAGAAGAGCAAGACAUCAAACUCCGUGAAUUGAAACAGGUCCACAAGAACAUUGAUGAAAUGUUAGCUGACGUUCUAGAAAAUGCUGACAUUCACACUAUACUUCAAACCUAUUUUCAGCAGAAUGGUUUAGAACUACCUGUAGCCAGCGUUAGGCAUAGCCGUCAGAGUUCUAGAUCUUCUUCACAGUCUUCACUAUCAGCAAGGUCAUCCAGGAGUGUAAGUACUUCUGUUUCCCAGGCGUCCAUUAAAGUAGUAGAGCUCAACUUUCCGGCCACCUCUCCACCAGCUGACAGCCCUUCUCGACCAGCUAGUGCUAGCAGCAGUGCCAGUAACAGUAAGAAGAAAAAGAGUAGCAAAUGAUCACUUACACUUCUCUUGUGAGCAAGUCGCAAACAUUAACCAACAAUUUCACCCUUUAAUUUGAAUCAUAAACUACUCACUUCAUUAUGGGUGUGCCAGACAUAGGCUGACUGAGACAGUGUAAGAAAUAUUAGAUGACCAAAGGUUUUAUUCAGUAGAAAAUGUAAAAUAGUUUUUAAGAAGAAGCAAACUAAUUUGGGUCCAAAGCAAUGCUUAAUUUUUAAAAGAACGUUUUCUUUAUGCACAUAGAAGAAAAAUGAGUAUCAGAUUCGUAAUGUGGCUAUGUUAUACAAUAUAAGGAAAAUGAUACUUUUCCACUGUUCUUAUCAGGAAAUGAUCUGUUUCAUUACUUCAUUCAACUGUACUCUCAUUUAACAGUAUCUUUCAGGAAGAAAUUUCUAAAGAUUCAGUGUACUAUUGAGUUGGUAACACUACUAUGAUUCUCUUCUAGCCUAAAAUCCUGAAAUUAAGUUAGUUCUCAUGAUUUGGACAAUGCCAUA